AUGGGUUUCCAUUUAAUUAAGCAGCUGAGAGGCAUGAGUGUGGUGUUAGUGCUACUUCCUAUGGUGCUGUUUGUUAUGCUCGCGGGGGCUCAGCGAGCUUGCCCCAAGAACUGCAGAUGCGAUGGCAAGAUUGUGUACUGCGAAUCUCAUGCAUUCAGAGACAUCCCUCAGAAUAUUUCUGGAGGGUCUCAAGGCUUAUCGUUACGGUACAACAGCAUUCAGAAGCUUAAAUCAAAUCAGUUUGCGGGCCUGAAUCAGCUCAUAUGGCUUUAUCUUGACCAUAAUUACAUCAGCUCCGUGGAUGAGGAUGCAUUUCAGGGGAUCCGCAGGCUGAAGGAAUUAAUUCUAAGCUCCAACAAAAUUACCCAUCUGCACAACAAAACAUUUCACCCGGUCCCCAACCUCCGCAAUCUGGACCUCUCUUACAACAAGUUGCAGGUGUUGCAGUCUGAGCAGUUCAAGGGCCUUCGUAAACUCUUGAUCUUGCAUUUGCGGUCUAACUCGCUGAAAACUGUGCCGAUCCGAGUUUUCCAAGACUGCCGAAACCUUGACUUUCUGGAUUUGGGCUACAACCGCCUGCGGAGCUUAUCCCGUAAUGCUUUCGCUGGCCUUUUGAAGUUGACAGAGCUCCACUUGGAGCACAACCAGUUUUCUAAGAUCAAUUUUGCCCACUUUCCACGCCUCUUCAACCUUCGCUCGAUUUAUUUGCAGUGGAAUAGGAUCCGGUCUAUUAGCCAAGGGUUAACGUGGACUUGGAGUUCCUUGCACAACUUGGAUUUAUCAGGAAAUGACAUUACAGGGAUAGAGCCUGGGACCUUCCAGUGCCUCCCCAACCUGCAAAAGCUGAACCUGGAUUCCAACAAACUCACCAACAUCUCUCAGGAGACCAUCAAUACGUGGAUCUCGCUCAUCUCCAUCACUCUGUCCGGAAAUAUGUGGGAAUGUACUCGAAGCAUUUGCCCUCUGUUUACUUGGCUUAAGAAUUUCAAGGGAAAUAAGGAAAGCACUAUGAUAUGUGCAGGCCCUAAGCAUAUCCAGGGUGAAAAAGUGAGCGAUGCUGUGGAAACAUAUAAUAUCUGUGCUGAAAUCCAGGUGGUGGUUACUGAAAGAUCAUACCAGGCGCCCAAAACCCCCCAGAGACCUGUCUUCAUUCCUAAACCUACCGUUUCCAAACUCGAAAGCAAUCAGCCCACAUCGGUUCUGCCAAGCCCUUCUGCAGACCUCCCGACGCCUGGAGUGGAGCCAGAGUACGAGCACGUUUCCUUUCACAAAAUCAUCGCUGGGAGCGUGGCCCUCUUUCUUUCCGUGGCCAUGAUUUUGUUGGUUAUCUACGUGUCGUGGAAGCGCUACCCAGCCAGCAUGAAACAGCUCCAGCAGCACUCGCUCAUGAAGAGGCGCAGGAAAAAGGCCCGAGAGUCUGAAAGGCAAAUGAACUCCCCUUUACAGGAGUAUUACGUGGACUACAAGCCAACAAACUCUGAGACCAUGGAUGUAUCGGUUAAUGGAUCUGGGCCCUGCACGUAUACCAUCUCUGGCUCCAGGGAAUGUGAGGCUCUGCCAGGCAGUGGUGAGAUUUUACAUACAGGCUUUGAACUCUCUGCUCCAGCUUUUCUUCAUCCAUCACAGGUUCCUCACCACAUGAAGACUUUACCCUAUUACAGUUAUGACCAACCAGUGAUCGGAUACUGCCAAGCUCAUAAGCCUCUCCAUGUAAAUAAGGGGUACGAUACCAUGUCCCGGGAGCAGGCUGAGACAACCAACCUGGAACUCAGUCGAGACCACAGCUUCAUAGCUACAAUCGCACGUUCGGCUGCUCCAGCCAUUUACAUUGAGAGAAUACCAAACUAA